AUGCCCUCGAUAUACGCCUUCCCGCCGCUAUACACCCGGCAGCCCAACUCGCUGGUCCGCAAGCAGCAGAUAGACACCUGGAUAGACAUCCUCACCGAGUGGUGCAAGUCCCACCGGGUCUUCGAGCUCGGCAAGGACGGUGUACCCGUCAGGGAGAGCGACGCCAGCGAUGCCGAUGACGGUGCCGAUGGUGGCACUACUACCGGCAACGAAGCUGGCCGCAGCCUGUUCAAGAACGAGGAGAUCAACAGGGCAGUGCCGCCGCUGUUUAUCGAUGAGAUAUGGUCGGUGAUGGCCACCAGAGGCGUGGCCCUGGUCACAGAGGGCCGCGCCAGCUACUACGUGCUGUGGCGGACGCUGGACUCCUGGGCCUCUUUGAUCCUGCAAUGGUUCGAAACCGUCGGAAAGCUGAACCAGGUUGUGACUCUUUAUGAGCUGACGGAGAGCGACGAGACCGCGGACUGGGAGUUCCACUCUAUGCCCUUGCCCCUGCUGCACCGUUGCUUGAAACCGCUGUGUAACCGGAACAGAGCGACACUGAUGAAAGAUGAGCACGGAACACCAGUGGCAUUGAAAGUUGUAUGA